GAGGCCCUGCACUGCCACAUGACAAAUGCUGAGCAUGCACGAGGCAGCCUGCCUACAUCGCCCAGGAGCGGGGACUUCAGCCCAGAUUCAUCUUGAUGAGCAAUUCGGUUGAUAAAUCCAUGCAUGAGGUGCUUGCUGUGGAGUUAAUCCUUUAUGUAUUCGAAUUUGCGACUCGGACUGGGGAGUCGGAUGAUUGGAAACGUCUGUUGACCCUAUCUCACGUGUCCAGGCGUUGGAGAUCGAUAUUGCUGGACAAUGCGUCCAUGUGGCGACAAAUAUCCGUCCCUAUUGGGAUCCACCGGGAAAUGAGUUGGGUUGCCUGUAAUGUGUGGAUACAGCGGUCGAAAUCAUCCCUAAUCGAUAUUUCGCUCCGCGUAACAAGCGACGGUCAUGUAUUUGACCCAUCGGACGACGAGGCGCACCAAGUGUGCGAAUGCAACAUCCCAAGAAAAACGAUGAAGAAGCUUGUUCGUCUCAUCAAGCGCCACAUCCACCGUUGUUCCUCCCUCCUGCUUGAUUAUAUCCACGUCGACGAUGCUCAGGAAGUCGUCGCCAACCUGGCUAUGCUUCCUAUGCAGCCAAGGUUGAGGAACUUUUCCCUCGGAGUUCUUGGGUCUCGCUCGAAGCACAAGACCCCGAGCUGCCCCCUAACCAUAUUUGGCGGCUCAUGGUCAAACAUCCGCAAUCUGCGACUUUACAAUGCAAGACAUUUCAUUAUUCCCGAAUUUCGGAAUCUUACAUCUCUCCAUUGGGCUCCAAGGGACUGGACGAUUCAUGGCGUGACCGUCCCUAGCUUCUUCCUAAUACUCGAGCAUAAUCCGCUCAUCGAAAGGCUGGACGUCGCUGGUUUGACUAGUAUUGUCCCUGCGCGCCAGGGCCACGAAUUUACCGGACAACCAUAUUUAAUGCGGCGAUUAAAGCGUCUGUACCUUUGGUUCAGAUCCUUCCAUUCGCUGACCGUUGUGAUGGGGCAUAUCUCCCUGCCUGGAAUCGAGCUACUUGGUUUAACUGUCGAUUACCGUGAGGACGAACCACCUGAAGGAUUGAAGCUAUAUGGCGUUGAUGCGUCCCCCGACAAUGCCCCUGUGUCGCAUUCCCCAGAAUCAAUAUUUCCGCACAAUAUCAAAUAUCCAGGCGCCGUUGUCCCAUUUCUCGACCCCCGAUAUCCCAAUCUACAUUCGAUCGAUCUGGGAAAUUCGCCUCUUAAACUCCUCUAUGAUAUACUUGUACGCUCCCCUAAACUUGAAAAUAUUGCCAUCGACAAUGGGAUGCAACAAUUUACUACAAGCGAGCUUUCGGAUUUGCUCGUGUCGUCGUUCGGAAACAUCAUUCCUCUACGGCGCCUUCAGCUCAAGGAUUUCUUCAUGAUCACUGAUUGGCAGAUUCUCCGCAUCGCGAAACAUUAUACAGAAGAUAGGGCCUGCGAUGCUCCAAUUUCGCAAAGACCGCAAAGACGGAAAUUAGAUCUCCUGGAAUUCAAGCGGUGCUCAUUUGAUAGGGAACUACCUCUGGACAUUCCUGUGCUUCUCAAUUAUUUUUGUAGGGUUCAGACGUCUAAAGAAAUCAUUGUUUGUCCCAAACGCCUACAACUCCCGUUUGAUUUCGAGGUGAUCCCUAUGUACGAUCGCUGGGAAGUGACGGGGCUGGUCUCACAUGGAGAUAAUAUCUAGCUCUUUAUAUAAUAUGUACGAGGACUUAACCAAGGACACUCUUCUUAACCAUGUUGUGUUUUCCAAUUCAUCUGGGAUGCACAUGCAAUUGAG